CAUUAAUUUCCGACAAAUACCCAUUAAUUUCCGACAAAUACUCAAAAAAGAGAGAGAAAAACUAUGGCGGUUCGUGCGACGGUGUCAAGAUUCCCGGCUGAAUCCGACUCCCAAGAAGCUUCCGGCUUUCCAUGGGGAUUAACAGUUACACCGUUUGCCUCCAAAGAUGAGAACGAUCAAGCUCCGGCCUAUGGAUCGGACGGCCAUCUUUUACCUCGAUGCGAGAAUUGCUACGCUUACUUCAACACCUAUUGUGAACUCGACCAAUGGGCCUGGAAUUGUUCUCUUUGCGGCACACUCAACGGCCUCUCUGCCGAAUCCAUUGCCAGAUACUCUCGUCCUCAGUCGUGUGCCGAAAUGAUGUCGUCCUUUAUCGAUCUUGAGUUGCCUUUGGAAGGAUCGCAGGACGAAAUGUUGCACGCUCGUCCGGUGUAUGUUGCCGCUGUUGAUUUGUCGUCUUCAGAAGAAUUUUUGGAGCUUACUAAAAGUGCAUUGCAACAUGGUUUUCAAAACCGGACCGGUUAGCGAACAGGCC